CUAAAGUCAUAGAGCCACAGUUGGUUGCUGUAGGAGAGAGCACAUGCUUCUUUCCACAAGUUCCCUGUCUCCUCAGUGUGUGUGUCUCCCUGAAGCCUCCCUGUCCCAUCUCCAGAGUCAUACACGAACCGAGUUCUGCUCCUGCUGCUCGGUUGCCUUUGAUCAUCCCCUGGAAGUUCCAGUUGCCGUUACAGUGAAAGGAGAGGCGAACCUGCACAAAUGACUAAAAGCAAUGGGGAAGACCCAAGAUCUGGGAACAGAAUGGAACGCUUCCAGCAAGGUGUGCGUCAACGCUCUUUAAAUGCGAAGAAAAAGGUGCAGAAUAUAACAAAGGAUGAUGUCACAGGUUUCUUCCGACGGAAUGCAUUUGUCCUAUUUACUGUCUUUGCUGUUAUUGUGGGCAUCGUCCUGGGAUUUUCAGUCCGAUCAUAUAAAAUGACCUACCGGGAGAUCAAGUACUUCUCCUUCCCAGGAGAACUGCUGAUGAGAAUGCUGCAGAUGCUGGUCCUUCCCCUCAUUGUAUCCAGCUUGGUUACAGGCAUAGCCGCUUUGGACAGUAAGGCGUCAGGGAAGAUGGGGAUAAGAGCUGUUGUUUACUACAUGACAACGACCAUCAUUGCUGUCUUCAUCGGAAUUAUCAUCGUCAUCAUCAUCCACCCUGGAAAGGGCAGCAAAGAGAAGAUGCACCGGGAAGGGAAGAUUGAGCCGGUCACUGCUGCCGACGCUUUCCUUGAUUUAAUAAGAAAUAUGUUCCCCCCAAACAUAGUGGAAGCCUGCUUUAAACAGUUCAAGACAAACUAUGAGAAGAAACUAUUUAAGGUUCCUCUUCCUGAAAAUGAAACAAUGCUGUCUGCAGUGAUGAACAAUGUGUCAGAUGCUAUGGUGUCUCUAUUCAAAUUUCGUGAGGAGGUCGUGCCCGUCCCGGGGGCAGUGAAUGGGGUUAAUGCAUUAGGACUUGUGGUCUUCUCCAUGUGCUUUGGUCUGGUGAUAGGAAACAUGAAAGAACAAGGGAAACCCUUAAAAGAGUUCUUUGACUGCCUCAAUGAGGCCAUUAUGAGAUUAGUAGCAAUAAUUAUGUGGUAUGCACCUAUUGGAAUCCUCUUCCUAAUUGCUGGGAAGAUUGCCGAGAUGGAAGACAUGGGGGUUGUCGGCGGACAGCUUGGGAUGUAUACAAUCACAGUCAUCAUUGGCUUACUUAUCCAUGCCGUAAUUGUUCUGCCGAUGCUUUACUUCCUGGUUACUCGCAAAAACCCCUGGGUGUUCAUCGGAGGGCUGCUGCAAGCCUUAAUAACAGCACUGGGCACCUCCUCAAGCUCCGCAACUUUACCGAUCACAUUUAAAUGUCUGGAGGAGAACAAUAAAGUAGACAAGAGGGUGACGCGGUUUGUUCUACCAGUGGGAGCGACAAUCAACAUGGACGGCACAGCUCUCUAUGAAGCCCUGGCUGCUAUUUUCAUUGCUCAAGUCAAUAAUUAUGACCUUAAUUUUGGACAGAUUAUUACAAUCAGUAUCACAGCUACAGCUGCAAGUAUCGGCGCUGCGGGGAUCCCACAAGCCGGCCUCGUCACCAUGGUUAUUGUGCUGACAUCGGUUGGAUUGCCCACAGAUGACAUCACACUGAUUAUUGCAGUGGACUGGUUUUUGGACCGCUUCCGUACCACCACAAACGUGCUUGGAGACUCUCUUGGCGCUGGUAUAGUGGAGCAUUUGUCAAGACAUGAGCUGAAAAAAGGUGAUGCAGAGAUGGGAAACUCAGUGAUUGAGGAAAACGAGAAGAAACCCUACCAGCUGAUUUCCCAGGAAAACGAAAGCGAUAAACCCUUAGACAGCGAAACCAAGAUGUAGACAGCCCUAGUUGCCUUGAUUUACUUACCAGAAUCACAUUCAUUCCAUUUUGUCUUUGCUUACAAACAUCUGGUUUGGUGAUGGAUCACCGGGAGGUAAACAAUUUGCAGGUGCCACAAUACCCAUUUCUGUACAAUAUAAAAAAAGUCAUUUUCUGCCAA